UAAAAAUUGUAAAUGGACACAAGACAAUUUGAAGCAAUACCAGUUUAGGGAAGGAAUACAGUUAAAUAAUAGGAAGUAAGAUAAUAUGAUGAUAAUAGGACCUAUAUAUAUCAUUACCAGAUUUAUAUAUAAGAAAAUAUGUGCUAUCUGAAAAAUUAUGUGCAUUAAAGAAACCAUACAUAGCAAAAGUGAAUAUGCAUGAUUAAACAAACUAAGAGGUAUAAGUAAGUAUUAAUUAUAGAUAUUGAGAGUACCGAAGAUUUGGUAAUAAGUAAUGAAUGAUGUGUAAUUGAAGGCGCUAGAUUUUUAAGAGAGAAAGAAAUGGAAAGUAAUAGAAUGAUAUAAAUUUAUAUAGAUAGCAGUGAAUUAUUAAUUAGCAUAAGAAGCAAAGGCUACUCAUUAAAUGUUAUAAUAAGAGAGAGAAGAAAUAGAGUAAUUUGGUAUUUGUAUAUCAUAUUCAUUAUGUUAAAUGGUAUAAAAGGCAUUUAAUUAAAUGGGUAUAAAUCAUUCUUAUUAAUCUAUUAGAUAUUGAAGAACCUAAUUAAAAACCAAUAUCUAAAUAUUUAAGAACUAUGAAAAUUGAAAAUUAAGAAUUAGACGAAUAGAGAUAUUAAGAUGCAUUGUAAAAAGUUAAGAGAUAUUUAUCAACUAAUAGAGAUGUUUAUGUUUCUUUGGAAUCCUUAUUUCCAGAAAUGUAAUAAACAUAUUCAGAAUCUAAUACACAUGAUAUUCAUUCUAAUGAUAGAAGAAAAAUUAAAUAAACUGUUGAAUUUGAUUUUAAAAAAAAAUAUGAAAAUCUUUAAGAAGCAUUAUAAUUAUUUGUUAAUAAAGAUAUUCCAUUAAAAGAAUCAUUUGAAAAAAGUAUGAUGAGUAUUGAUAGUUUUCCAACAUCAUUAGAUAUGGUUUUUAAAUAUAAAGCAAAACCAUUUUAUUAAGAACCAUGUUUAGAUCCUGAAUAUGAAGAACUUUUAUAUAGAAUUGGUUGUACUCCAGAAUAAGUUUUAAAUGAUGGAGAAAAAAUGAUGAAAAAGUAUAUAUCAAUUUAUAUAUGAAAGAAUGAAGAUAUUUUCAACUAAUUAACCUUUAGAAUAAUAAUUACCAUCUUAAUUAGAACUUAAAGAUCUAUUUAGAUACAAAUAUAAUUACAUUGAAAGAGAUUGUCAUUUUAUUUAACAAAAUGGAAAAUUUGUACCACUUGAUGCUGAAAGAUUUAACUCACAUCCUUAAUAAAUUACUAAGUCUAAUGAAUUAGUCAAACAAUAUUUCAUAUAGUAAUCAUUAUACUAUCAUAUCUAGUUAUUAUCAUAAGUUUUAAGGAGAUUUUAAUUAAAUUAGUUAAGCACUCUCUUCAAAUACUGUUACAGCCAAUUUAUAUUUAUAUACUCCUAAUUUCUGUGCUGAUCUUUAUGCAUGGCUAGUAUUUAAUAAGAGUAUUCCAUCUAAUUCUAAAUUCAUAUUACCUUAAUAAUAUCAAAAAAAAUGUGAUUCAAUUAAAUAUGUUAAGAAAUAACAUUAAUAAUCUCCAUAAUACACUAAUAUUAUUAAUGAUUAUGAGACUCUUAUAUACAAAAAAUUACCAAUUAAAACAUAGCAUUUUAGACCACUUCCUUAAAAUCCAUUUAAAUAAUAUACUAAACCUAUUUUUAAAGAAUUGUUAUCCAAAAUUAAGUUUGAUGAACCUAUUUAAAUUAAAAGUUCAGGAUAAGCAGAUUAUUCAAUGGUUGAAAGACUUUCAUUUUCUAAUUUAAAAGAAUUAGUUAAGUCAGCUAAUAAUUCUAAAGGACAUAUAGAAAAAAGAUAUAAAAACAUUUAUGAUAUUGCUAGAUAAGAUUGUUAUCCUAUUGAAUAAAUCAAAAAAGAACUUGUAUUCAAUUCAUAAAUAUUUUUUAGAGAAAAAAUUAUAAAUCAUAAAUGCCAUAAAGAAUGUUUCCUAUGUAAAAUGGUAAGCCAUACUAACCUACAAAUACUGGAUUGUAGAUGAAUUAUUAAACAAAAACAUCAACAAUAGAAAAUUUAAGUAGUAACUAACCUAUUUUAUUACCAUAAUAAUAAGCUCCACCAUAAUAAGUGAUGCCUACUUAAAUUUAAUAGCCAUUAUAAUCAGUAUAACCACCAUAAGUUGCUUAAGCUCCUCCAAUAACUUAAACUAAUAAUUAACCUGCCUAAAAUAGACCACGUAAAACAAAAACUGAAGCAGCUGUAUAAGCUCCUUAAUAAGCACUUUAAACAGGAUAAUAGACAGCAUCUGCAAAAAAAAAUAAUAGAAAAAAAGAUGAUUCAGUAGUAACAUAAUAAUAAGUAACUACACCAGCUAAUGUUGAACCAUAAGAACCACCUAAAUAAUCAAAAAGAACCAAAAAAGCAACUAAGGCAAAUGAAAAAAAUAAAUAAUAACCACCAGAAGAUCGUAAAGAUGAUAGUGUUUGAAUACCA